AUGAAGCCGCGCGCUGGGAACAGCUCAGGGUCGAUUCAGCGAUUCGAUCCGCUCAAGCUGCUGUCGGAGAUUCAAGCCGAACCGACCGCCUCAGCCGCCGCUGCCGAUUCUACGGGGAGCAAAGCUGGUGGACAGGAUGCAGACGAAGAUGAUGACUUCAUGUCGGACAAGUUCCUGGUCACGUCGGAGGAGAAGCAGCCGCUGACGUACACCGAUAAGCGCCGACGACUCGAGGCGCACCACUCGCGCAAGACGCGCAAGAGUCUUAGCCAACAAGAGGAGGAGGCACGGCAACAGGGGCUCGAUCGCGAUCUGCUCGCCGAGGCCGAGAUCAUUGCUGGUGGCGGCACACUGCCUCCCGAAGCAAGCGACGGAACGCGCAGGUGGGAGCUGAUGCAGGAGAGAGAAAGUCGGAACGGUUAUGCCGCUGCGUCAGAGGGGCUGGAUGGCACGUCCAAGGCGAUGAAGAUGAUGCUUGCCAUGGGGUAUCGGCGUGGAGAGGCGCUAGGGAGGAGGCAGAGAGGCGGCAGUCAAGAAGUCGAAGAGGAGGAGGAGGAAGAAGACGAUCAAGACGAGGGACAAGUCGAUGCCAAGCCAGCAGCCGGUGGGACGCAAGCUCCACUGGACGAUACGGACGCGGAGGGCCUCGAUACGGACGAGGAAGAUGCAGCACGCCGCGAGAGAGACGACUCUGACGCGCGCGAAGAAGACGAGUACCUGACCGGCGGCGUUUCAUCGGCACCAUUCUCCCUGCAAGCUGGCCCCUGUGUGACAUCCACCGGUCUGACGGAGCCUCUUCGUCCGGACCAGCGCUGGCUUGGCCUGCACCGACGCGCGGGAAUCGGUAUGAUCCCGCCAACCAAGCCGGACGUCUCCGCGGCCAUCCUUUCCGCAUCCUCCUCGAGCCCUUUCCCCGACGAUGAAGCACGUGUGGCUGAUUUCCGCACCCGCGUUUCUCGCGCACACCAAGAGCGGCACGAGCUCAACCUUCUCACGCGCGCACGCAAGACUCUGAUCGACCUCGACCGCGCAGAGGGUAUCGAGUACAGCCCACUCUGGCUCGACGCGCCCCUCUACCACCUGCUAUCGGGUCAUUCUGCCGACUCCGACCCACAGACGAUCGACGAACGUAUGGAGAAGGACCCCGCUUUCAAAAACGCAGUCCACCUCCUCCAACACGCCUUCUCGGCCCAAGAUUCACAGCAAAAGGAGGCGCAAAAGUUCUGCAACCUCGAUACGAAAUCCCAGCUUCGACUCGUCCUGGAUUGCCUCAGAACCAGUCACAGUUACUGCCUCUUUUGCGGUUGCUCCUACAACGACCAACACGACCUCGAACAAAAUUGCCCCGGCCAAUCUGAAGACGACCACUCCUGA